CCUCUCGAUGUGCCACCGCGAGCACAUCUCUGUCUAUUGCAUAAACUUCCGGCACACUCGCAUUGAUGUACUUGACUCCCUUGACUACAAAUCCAUCGGAACAGAAUGGGAACAACAUCACGACAAAGAAUUUUGUGAUACCAUGAUGCAGCGUUUGAGUGAUUCUUUUCAGAGGAUUUCUAAGAAAGAUUUCAAGGUUUUUGCAAACAUGAGGCGCGUCCCCUUUACUGAAGCUCCCGUAAUGGUUAACAGGAAUGACUGCGCCUUCUUCUCUAUGAAGUUCAUAGAGUUCUUUGACGGAGAGGAGUCUUCACUUCGCACUUCAAUUGCGCCCGAGAAGUCUGGUGAGCUCCGAUCCGAGAUGCUCCAUUACUUGUUGUUUCACACUCUGAACGAUAUAAAAGAUAUGCCUCCUGAGAUCGAGCGGUUCCGGCUAUCUGGAGUUCCGUUUUAGUUCGAACACAUAAUCCUUAUUUGUAAAUAACUCAAGUUACGAUGUUAAGUUGUUGAAUGGCAUAGCCGAUGACCUUAGCUGUAAACCACUUUUGUGUUUAUAUCAUUAUGUGUUUUUGG